AUGGCAUCUCGCUCAAUCAGCAGCGGCGGAGGGCCUUCCGUCUGGGCUGGCCUUGCGCUCCUCGUCUCUGGUGCACGCGCAAUUGCGAUGCCCGAUGGAACCACUGGAAAAGUUCCCAGUUUGGGAUGGAACUCGUGGAAUGCGUAUCACUGCGACAUUGACGAGAGCAAAUUCCUCUCGGCCGCCGAACUGAUUGUGAGCUCUGGCCUUCUUGACGCAGGAUACGAAUAUGUCAACAUCGAUGAUUGCUGGUCGAUGAAGGAUGGACGGGUUGACGGCCAUAUUGCUCCCAAUACCACUCGUUUCCCUGACGGUAUCGAUGGAUUGGCCCAAAAAGUCCACGCUCUGGGCUUGAAGUUGGGUAUUUACAGCACUGCUGGAACUGACACUUGCGCCGGCUACCCAGCAAGUCUCGGAUACGAGGAUGUCGAUGCUGCCGACUUUGCCAACUGGGGAGUUGACUAUCUGAAAUACGAUAACUGCAACGUCCCCUCAGACUGGCAAGAUGAAUACGUCGCCUGCAUCCAAGACGCUUCCACGGCUGGCCCCAACGGCACCUGCACCACCGCCCUCGAGCCGAAACUCGCUCCUCCAGGAUACGACUGGAGCACGUCCAAGUCAGCCCAGCGCUUCGGCGCCAUGCGAGACGCCCUGGCCAAGCAGAGCCGCGAGAUUGCGCUGAGCCUGUGCAUCUGGGGCACGGCCGACGUCUUCUCCUGGGGCAACGCGACGGGCAUCAACUGGCGCAUGAGCGGCGACAUUUCUCCCGACUGGGGCUCCGUCACGCACAUUCUCAACCUGAACUCGUUCAAGAUGAACUCGGUCGGCUUCUGGGGCCACAACGACGCCGACAUGCUCGAGGUUGGCAACGGCGAUCUGACGAUUGCCGAGACACGCACGCACUUUGCCCUCUGGGCGGCCAUGAAGUCACCGCUUCUCAUCGGGACGGAUCUCGCCCAGCUGUCGCAGGACAACAUCAACUUGUUGAAGAACAAGCACUUGCUGGCGUUCAACCAGGACGAGGUCUAUGGCCGCCCGGCUACUCCGUACAAAUGGGGAAUCAACCCUGACUGGACGUACAACUCUACGUAUCCCGCCGAGUUUUGGGCUGGUCCAUCAACAAAGGGGCAUCUGGUGCUGAUGUUGAACACUUUGAACAAGACGGUUACAAAGGAGGCCAAGUGGCAUGAGAUUCCGGGCUUGUCUGCCGGACACUAUGAGGUGCGAGAUGUGUGGAGUGACAAGAAUCUUGGGUGUCUUAGUUCGUACAAGGCGGCUGUUGCUGCUCACGACACUGCUGUUAUUCUGGUUGGUAAGAAGUGCCGGAAAUGGUAG